UCUGCAACACAAGACAGCCAACAGAAGCAUCCUUCACAAGUUGAGCAUUCGGCUGCUACACACCAGGUUUUGAAACCCUGAUCAGAUCUGAGGUGGAGCUCUGCUUGACCUACCUGUGCAGCCGGCUCUGUUAGUGACAAGUGAAAAUGCUCUGGAGAUUGACUCUUGCCCUGGCUGUGGUGUGCGUCGGUGGCAUCUGCAACUGUGUGAAGGCGGACACGAUGAGCAGACUGCUGAUGCCGAGGGACUACGGGGUGAAGCUGUGCGGGAGAGAGUUCAUCAGAGCGGUCAUCUUCACCUGCGGAGGCUCGCGCUGGAAACGCUCCACAGACGGCUACAUAGCUCCCUUCCAUUGGAGUUCCCUCAGUGAUGUGACAGUGGGGGACGACCAGCCAGACUGGCAGCCUGGCACAGAGCUUUCAGCAGAUAACCCUUCUCCGCUCCUCAUCAGCUCCUCUUCCUCCCUGGCGGACCUCCUGGCUCUGUACGCGGCCCGCGGAGAAAGGCAGCAGUCGCCGCCGCCUCUGAGCGACUUCGCCCCUCAGUCGCAGCCUUUCACUGUUUUAGGUGAGCAAGACGGGAACCCAGCCGCAGGGGACUGGCCCGUAGCGAGCAAGAAGAAGAGGAACUUUUCUCUGGGUGUGGCCGGGAAGUGCUGCAGUCAGGGCUGCACCAAGAACGAUAUCGGACGCUUGUGCUGAUUCAGGGAGCAGAGCGGCUGUGACAUGAAGGUGUAAUGGACAGUGUUGACGUAGGAUGUUAAAUAUGGAGGAGAGAAAGUUCACAUCUGCUUUUCAUAGGUUUAAGUGACUCUAAUAUUUUAAAAAACGAUAUAUUUUCUUUACUUUCCUUGUUUGAUAUUUUGUUCAUGAUGAUCAUGUUCUGUAAGUCACCCUUUCAGCAUCACUGAAAAUAAAUUCAAACUGUGUUAAUAUUAAAUAUUCAGUCUUACAGUGUCCUUUGUUUAUUUGCUGGACCAGGAGAAGCUUCAAUUUUUUAGCCUGCGGACCACAUGACUAACCUGCAUUUAUUCUAGCAGCGGGCAAUAUCACACAUUAUGUCAUUUAGGCUGCGGUGAACUUAUUGCUGACAUCUGUUCACAACAUUACGCCUGCCUGAUCGUUUUCUGUUAGCACCCGCAGGACGCUACUGCAGAAAAGUAGAUUUCCCUUUAUCCUUUGUGACAAAGAUGAAACAAACAUAUACACAUUUAACCCAAUGCACAAAACCGCACACUUCAUCAUUCUCUGUGUAAUUGUAAAACUCAUGUACACAACUUAAUAACAAAAUGUGAUAAGCCACAUUUUGAUCAAAGAAAAACAAUGUUCAUGUCCGUAGUACUGCAAUAUGUUUUUUUUAAUACAAUUAUGUACACACCUGGAAUAUAAUACAUAUCCAUUUUUAUAAUAUUUACAUUUAUCUAUACAUGUAAUAAAUGUAGCUGCAUGUUUUCCGUUGGAUGACAGAACAAGACUUAAUGUCACUGACACUGCACAAAACUCAAAAUGAAACAAAUGGUAAAAACACCAGUUAAAUCUGGUUUAACAUUCUUUGUUUUCCUGACAAUCUUGUGAUAAAUACAUAUUUCACAAAAUAAUAUUUGGUUCACACACCAAUGUACAAACAUCACAAUAAGGGCUUUAUGAGG